ACGGGCUAAGCUGGCUAUCCUAGCAACAAACAACAACGGCCUCUCGCCUCACGGGAAAACAAAAACAUACUCACCGCGUUGUCUUUGCACACACGUUCUCUGCAAUAUUUUCCACAUCCGCGUCGUCGUCACGUCUUUCAGUGUUUUUGUGAAUUGAAAGCUGGCGUGAAUAUAGUAUACUUCUGUGAUUUAGGAGUACGCGACAAUCAUGGCGAACGUCAGAGCCGCGAUGAACUGGGUGUUUGACGCGAAUGGCCUCGACGAAACUACGAUUGAUGAGAAGUUACGCCAGGAAGGAAUAGAUAUAUCUUAUGACAAUCUUCCAGACAGUCCGGCGCCGGCAGCUUGGGCACUGCAAGCUCUGCCUGCAUUCAUCACCGGCACCCCGAAACCCAAGAAAUGGAUCUCAAAUCACGAUGUUGAGGAUAUGGAAGUAGAUGGAGAACAAGGCAACAAUAAUGUCGGGGAGGAAGAGCCUCUACUAUUCGAUGAACAAUUUUAUCGCGACCUAGAUCAACAGAAGCCACAGUCACAGCCAAACAUACAACCUCGAGUCGAGCCACAGCAUCAGCAGCAGCAACCAGGCGUUUUCCGUCCUAAGGAGUCAUUGCGGAGUAAUCUGUUGCGCAAGUUGGCCAAAACAGCGGUGAGCGAGCCGGAAAAGGAGAAUCGAAACCCGGAUGGUGUCUUGCAGCAACCUCAGCUUCCAACUCAGAACGGACCAAAAUCAUUAGCGAACGAUACUUUAGGAUCAGUCGUUCCGAGUCUAGAUACUCCUACACGACUUCCACACAAUAACACGCGCAGUCGGCAGCCUCAGCCUGCUGGCAUACUACGCACCCCCGGCACAGCUACAUCAAAAAAGGUUGUCUCGUUCGCCCCAGCUGAAGGAGGAGGCCCGGUAGACGAAUUAGCGACUAAAGGACUACGAAUCAGAUCUGGCCUUCCCCGCAAUUUUCCGGGAAAGUUUCCGAGUCCGUGGACACCGAAAAGUGUGAUCGAUCGGCUCGACUUGGCUGAUACGCCCACGACCUCAUUCGCACGAAGGGCAGAGAUUGAGAGGCAGAAACAGGAAGCUGAAGUAUCGAAAUUGAAGCCAGAGAGUGAAAGUAAGGCUGGCCCUACGACGAAACAAACGAAGGCACAUCACCAAAAAUCUAGGCGAAAGUCUUUCAGUGAAGCAGAGACGAAACAAUUGACCUACGUUUUCGAGACAUUAGCAAGUAACAAUCAGGGACUAGAGGCUCUGCUUACGCAGAAGGUGAUCUCAAAUGCUCAACAGGGGGCGCAAUCAAACACAGUAUCUGAAGAGGCCGAGUAUUGGCGCAAGAAGUAUGAAGAAGCAGAAGAAGAGAAGAACGAAACCAUCAAGCUUAUGGAAGAGAGUCAGCAGCAUAUGGAUAUGCUGCUCAUUCACGCCAAGGAAAAGGAGCAGCAGAUAGCAGAACUGCGACGUCAACUUGAGCAAGAAAGGAAGAGCAAUCUCGAGACGUGCAUGAGAGUGCUCGAGAUGCAGAAAGACAUGCAGAGUUUGAAGGAAGCAUCAAAGAAGGCUCUUCGAAGGAGACUGGCCGAGAUUGCUGCUAAAGGACGCUGAAUUUAACUCCUUUAGCAACCUAGCAUCAGAUUUCGUUCCCUCUUUUGUUUGCCUUUUGUUUUUUAGUUCAUGCUGGCCUUGUAUGUUUUUUAGAUAGUUCAGUGGGUUUGGAAGGCGUUGGAUGUUUCUUUGUGUAUCUUAGUUAGUCAAGAUGAGUGUAUAGUAGAAUAAUGACAUGAAUUCUUAAUCGUCA